CUCCUCCGUGAAUGUCGUCCUCGCACCGGCGCAUCGUCACUUAUUUCCAGUCCUUGUCCGAAAAUUCCACCACCACACUUUUCACCCUCCCUCCCCACUCCCACUCCCACACUUUCUUCCCCCAAAAUACUCAAAUCCCUUAACCAUCCAACUCUUCUUACUGGAAUCCUUUUUCUACCUCCUCAUGGAGAUGGACACGAUUCACCUCUCAACUGCAAUUGUUUUCGUUUCUCUGAUGGCUCUGACACUGUUUGUUGUGACAUUCUUCGGUUUAAUCCCUCUAUGAUUAACAAAAAGGUUCAAAUUUUAGGUUGGAAUUUCAUACCCUUCAACUGUAAUGCUAAUGCUAAUGGUGGGUUCUUAGAAAUUAUUCGGUGGGCUUUUCUCGAUUCUACUUCUGCAUCUUCGGAUACUUUUUCAAUACUUUCUCGGUCUUGUGUUGAUCAAUAUUAUAGUGUAAAAGCUCGAUACUUUGUAUGCGGCCUAGUAGAAUCUGUUAGCCCUGUUUCUGUCGUUCCAUGCAGAGCUGGCUCCACAGCUCAUACUGAGAAUCUUCAAGGCUUCCUCGUAAAUAUUUUAGUUUGUAGCUGUAAAUUGUGUAAUUCUAAAUAUAAUAUAAGAUUGGAUAUGCGGAAUUCAAAUGAUCAUUGUUAUAACAAACCUGAGAUUGUCUACUUUUGUGGCUCUGCUUCUUCUUGGCAUCCAGUUCUUUCAAGACUGAUAAAGAGAAAUGUUUCAAUAUCGGGAUUGAAGAAGAGACUUGUAUUUGUGGGAAAAAAACUGUCUCGAUUGAUGUAUGUAGUUGUGGAUAAUUCUUUGAUGUAUAUUCCUAACUUUCCCCUCCCCCUUGGGGUAACUGAUGUGAGAGGGGAAGGAGAACUUGUUAGUUAUACAGGAACUGUGACAGGAAUUUACAUGAGGGGUAUGAUUGUUGAGUUGGAUAAUGAACUGUUGCUAUUGUUAACUGAUCAGCAGCUUUCCGUUCCACAUAGUGUGAGAGUUGGAGCAAUGGUAUCAGUGAAAAACGUUCAUGUUGUAAAUCCAAAUUUUUCAUGGACAAAGAUGCUUAUACUCGGCUCUUGUGUUAAAACUAGCAUUUCUGUGGAAUGUUUCUCCUCGCUGGAAACCGGGUGUUAUACAGUGACCUGCUGUGAGAGUCUUCUUGCAAAGUUCAUUGACUCCUUGGCGUUUGUUGCCAGGCUAUGGGUAUUACUUGUCAUCAUCUGUUUAAGGAGAAAGUUUUCUGGGAUCUUAUCUGAGAAAGAGAUCUUGGGAUCAACAAAUGUAAGUUGCUUGCCUUACCAGUGAUAUACAUUAGAACUUAUAGCCUAUUUGACCAAGCUUUUGGAGGCCAAAAGUGCU